AGGAAGCAUGUAACUGGGAGGCGUGUAACUAGGAGGCGUGGCUGACGGGUCAUGUGAUUAGUAAGGCACGAUGGGAGGUCUUAUAGGGAAGUCACUGCAUUGCAGGCUUCUGGCUGCCUUCGUAACCCAAAGUACUGUUCCUCCCAUUAACCGGUGCGCGCCAGUUUAUGGGAUGGCCGAGUUUGUGACGGGUUCCGCGCAUGAUGGGACGGAGGAUACUCUGGAGUCAUAUUUUAGCUUUGGGGUCGUUGCAGAUAUCCAGUACGCUGAUAUAGACGACGGAUACAACUUCAUGAAGACGAGGAUGAGAUAUUAUAGAAACAGCCUGACGCUGCUUAAAGACGCCGUCGCAGAAUGGUCCAAGGAAAGCCAAAGACCCAAGUUCAUUCUUCAACUUGGCGACAUUAUCGAUGGCUACAACGUCCCGCAUAAAACGUCGGAAAAGUCGCUCACCAAAGUUCUGAGCGAGACGGAAACGUUGAGAAUUCCGUUCCAUCACAUCUGGGGCAACCACGAGUUCUACAAUUUCAGCAGGAAAGAUUUAACAGAAUCCAAACUGAACUCAAAGCCUUUGGAGGAUAAAAGUGACUCCCGGACGAUGAAUAAGGAGACCAGCGGACUCAGCGACCACCAGGAGUCUUUCUAUGGUUAUCAUUUUAGCCCCUUCCCGAAAUUCCGAUUCCUGUUAAUUGAUUCGUACGACCUGAGCGUCAUUGGGAGGGAUCCGUCCAGCGCCAUGUAUGAAAAGUCUAUGAAGCUCCUCAAGGAAAAAAAUCACAACGAGAAUAUGAACAGCCCUAAAGGAUUAGAAGAGCCGCAGUUUGUGGAGUUCAACGGAGGGAUCGGCGUCAGUCAAUUAAACUGGAUCGAUGGCGUCCUUGCCUCUUCGGAUGAAAAGGAAGAAAAGGUGGUCGUUGUCGGUCACCUCCCGAUCCACCCGGACGCGACCGACGCAAUUUGUCUGGCCUGGAACCACAAGGAGAUCCUGUCCGUGCUGCAGGCCCACCCGUGCGUAGUCGCUUACUUUGCAGGACACGAUCACGACGGCGGAUACUGCGUGGACUCUUGUGGAAUACAUCACAUAACCUUCAGGGGGGUUAUAGAAACCCCUCCAGUGACCCAGGCCUUUGGAACAAUGUAUAUGCAUCGCGAUAGAAUGGUUUUAAAAGGCAGGGGCCUUGUUUCAAGCAGAGUCUUGCCCUACAGGCAUAGCUAACAUGUUUAGUGUGUAAGUUACAGACAUUCACUUGUAGCCAGAGCUGCGUAAGUAGAACUUUUAUGUAUUUCAAGGCACGGGGGUCCCUUCAGAACAUGGCUUGUCGCUGUAUUCCAAAAAGGAAGCCGUUUGUCCUAAACAGGGUCUACAUGCUAAAACUGUUGCACCUUCGCUGUG